AUUUUCUGCUCUUUGUGUGGGGUGGAUUAGCACCGGGUUGGUACUGGGCGAAACUAGAGCAUCAGUCGACAUAGAAGACGUGGAAAAAAAUAAAAUAAAAACCGAGGAAACAUUGGAUCGCCGUCGCAGACCGCGACACGGUCCGCCCGCUUUAGUUUGUCGCCGGACGGACAUGCAAUUUUCAGCCUGGGGCGUUGUUUGAGUGACACCUCGUUACCAUGACGACCCACGUGACCCUGGAGGAUGCUCUGUCCAACGUGGACCUGCUGGAGGAGCUGCCGCUCCCGGACCAGCAGCCGUGCAUUGAACCCCCUCCCUCCUCUAUUAUGUACCAGGCGAAUUUUGACACCAACUUUGAAGACAGGAAUGCUUUUGUGACUGGCAUCGCCCGUUACAUCGAGCAAGCCACAGUCCACUCCAGCAUGAAUGAGAUGCUGGAGGAAGGACAUGAAUAUGCUGUGAUGCUUUACACAUGGAGAAGCUGUUCCAGAGCCAUUCCCCAGGUGAAAUGCAACGAGCAGCCCAACAGAGUGGAGAUCUACGAGAAAACGGUGGAAGUGCUAGAGCCCGAAGUGACCAAGCUCAUGAAGUUCAUGUACUUCCAGAGGAAAGCCAUAGAACGCUUCUGUAGCGAAGUGAAGCGUCUGUGCCACGCCGAGAGGAGGAAAGACUUUGUGUCUGAGGCCUAUCUGCUCACUCUGGGCAAAUUCAUCAACAUGUUCGCAGUGCUGGACGAACUGAAGAAUAUGAAGUGUAGCGUCAAGAACGAUCACUCUGCCUACAAACGGGCAGCUCAGUUCUUGAGGAAGAUGGCUGAUCCCCAGUCCAUCCAGGAGUCUCAGAAUCUCUCCAUGUUUUUAGCGAACCACAACAGGAUCACUCAGUGCCUGCAUCAACAGUUGGAGGUGAUUCCCGGCUACGAGGAGCUUUUGGCAGACAUUGUCAACAUCUGUGUAGACUAUUACGAGAACAAAAUGUAUUUGACGCCUAGCGAGAAACACAUGCUGCUUAAGGUUAUGGGCUUUGGUCUGUACCUGAUGGAUGGGAAUGUGAGUAAUAUCUAUAAACUAGAUGCCAAAAAGAGGAUCAACCUGAGCAAGAUCGACAAGUUCUUCAAACUGCAAGUGGUGCCGCUGUUUGGAGACAUGCAGAUCGAGUUGUCACGCUACAUUGAGACGAGCGCACACUAUGAAGAAAACAAGUCCAAGUGGACGUGCACUCAGAGCAGCAUCUCUCCGCAGUACAACCUGUGCGAGCAGAUGGUGCAGAUCAGGGAUGACCACAUCCGUUUCAUCUCCGAGCUGGCGCGCUACAGCAACAGUGAAGUGGUGACCGGCUCGGGCCUGGACAGCCAGAAGUCAGACGAGGAGUACAGGGAGCUGUUCGACCUGGCUCUGAGGGGUCUGCAGCUGCUGUCUAAGUGGAGCACACACGUCAUGGAAGUUUACUCAUGGAAACUGGUACAUCCCACGGAUAAAUUCUGUAAUAAGGACUGUCCAGGCACGGCGGAGGAGUAUGAGCGAGCCACACGUUACAACUACACCAGUGAAGAGAAGUUUGCCCUGGUGGAGGUCAUUGCCAUGAUCAAAGGGCUGCAGGUUCUGAUGGGCCGAAUGGAGUCGGUGUUUAACCAGGCCAUUAGGAAUACCAUCUACGCAGCUCUGCAGGACUUUGCCCAAAUGACUCUUAGAGAACCUCUGCGUCAGGCUGUACGCAAGAAGAAGAACGUUCUCAUCAGUGUUCUCCAGGCCAUUCGAAAAACUGUCUGUGACUGGGAAGGAGCCAGGGAACCUCCAAAUGACCCCUGUCUGAGGGGUGAGAAGGACCCGAAAGGCGGUUUUGAUAUCAAGGUGCCUCGUAGAGCCGUCGGACCCUCCAGCACACAGCUGUACAUGGUACGCACCAUGCUGGAAUCCCUAAUAGCAGACAAGAGUGGAUCCAAGAAGACUCUGCGGAGCAGCCUUGAUGGACCCAUAGUCACAGCCAUAGAAGACUUCCACAAGCAGUCCUUCUUCUUCACACAUUUGCUCAACUUUAGUGAGGCCCUGCAGCAGUGCUGUGACCUGUCCCAGCUCUGGUUCAGAGAAUUCUUCCUGGAGCUCACCAUGGGCCGCAGAAUCCAGUUCCCCAUUGAGAUGUCCAUGCCGUGGAUCCUCACUGACCACAUCCUGGAGACCAAGGAGCCUUCCAUGAUGGAGUAUGUGCUGUACCCUCUAGACUUGUAUAAUGACAGUGGCUACUACGCUCUCACCAAGUUCAAGAAACAGUUCCUUUAUGAUGAAAUCGAGGCUGAGGUAAACCUCUGCUUUGAUCAGUUUGUCUACAAGCUAGCAGAUCAGAUAUUUGCCUACUACAAAGCAAUGGCUGGAAGUGUCCUCCUAGACAAGCGCUUCAGAGCUGAGUGUAAAAAUUACGGCGUAAUCAUCCCGUACCCUCCAUCAAACCGCUACGAGACGCUGCUCAAACAGAGACACGUGCAGCUGUUGGGUCGCUCGAUUGACCUGAACCGUCUGAUUACCCAGAGGAUCUCUGCAGCAAUGUACAAGUCCCUGGACCACGCCAUCAGCCGUUUUGAGAGCGAGGAUCUUACCUCUAUAGUGGAGUUGGAAUGGCUGCUGGAGGUUAACAGGCUAACCCACCGCCUCCUGUCCAAGCACAUGACGCUGGACAGCUUUGACGCCAUGUUCCGCGAGGCUAACCACAAUGUCUCCGCCCCCUACGGACGAAUCACUCUCCACGUCUUCUGGGAACUCAACUUUGAUUUCCUCCCCAACUACUGCUACAACGGGUCCACGAACCGCUUUGUACGGACGGCUAUUCCCUUCACCCAGGAGCCUCAAAGAGACAAGCCAGCCAACGUACAGCCUUACUACCUGUAUGGGUCUAAGCCUCUCAACAUCGCAUACUCCCACAUAUACAGCUCCUACAGAAACUUUGUUGGCCCGCCUCACUUCAAGACCAUCUGCCACCUCCUUGGUUACCAAGGCAUCGCUGUGGUGAUGGAGGAGCUGCUUAAGAUUGUCAAGAGCCUGUUACAGGGCACCAUACUGCAGUAUGUAAAAACCCUGAUAGAAGUCAUGCCCAAGAUCUGCCGCCUACCGCGCCACGAGUACGGCUCCCCAGGCAUCCUGGAGUUCUUCCACCACCAGCUUAAGGAUAUCAUUGAGUAUGCUGAGCUAAAGACGGAUGUCUUCCAGAGCUUAAGGGAGGUGGGAAACGCCAUCCUCUUCUGCCUGCUCAUCGAGCAAGCUCUGGUGGUAAGGAUUUAGGUCUUCCUAUUGGCUACCAGAAAAUGACAUCACGACCAAAUAUGUUUGCUCUUUUAUCUCUUGUUGGUUUGGGCUGCUGUUUUUCUGUUGUUUCUCUUUUUUUCCGUGUUAGUUUGGCACACACGCAGUUUACCUUCAAUUAGCCAUGGAAGCAAAAGCACUGAGACAUCUUUCAUUUUUAAAAAAGAACGAGGUGGAACUAAAAGAGUGUUUGAAGAGUGCAGCUAAGACAAAUGCAACAAUUUGUUGCUUUUGUUGCUCCUGCUUCACCUCUCCGACACGUUUCAUGAUAUUCAACUUGUAAGCUUUCGGUAAUCUUGCAGGAAAUCAGUGAGACAGACAAUCAAGCUGCACUGAUCACAGGAAAUGUUUUUUUACAUUGAAUCAUAACUACUUUAAAAGAUGAUCGCACAUUCCUGUGCUAAACUCGGCACUUUUGCCUCCAUGACUGUCUUUUACUUCUGGGCACUUGUAAUGCCUGAACGCUGCCCAGAUCUCACUCUUUUUUGUGUUUUACCAUUUCUGUCUGACUGCACUUACUUGUGUGUCUACUAAAAGCCUAGUUGUGUGUUGUUUGUCUCUUAAGUGUGCGUGCAUUCGAGUGUGUGUUGCAUGGCUUUUUCUUCUAGCCUGUCUCGUUUCUUUCUUUUGUUUUUUAGCCGAGGUCUCGAGGUGCUGCUUCUCUGCUCUUUGUUUGAUUUGUACCUUGUCGUCUUGACAAACAGUCACCACGACGACCGCUCUGACCGCUUGAAAUUGCCCCUUAGUCUCUAAUGGCAAAAAAAAAAA